AUGGAAGAGAGUGGUUCAGAAGGUUUGGAAGAAGCGCUGCAGAAUCGUAAAAACACUUGGUUGAAGGAUGUCGACUACGUUUGUAUUGCAGACAAUUAUUGGAUCGGAACGAGAACACCGUGCAUUACGUAUGGAUUAAGAGGAGUGUGCUACUAUGGCGUUGAAAUCAAGUGUGCCUCUCAGGAUCUGCACAGCGGCGUUUUCGGAGGCUCCGUGUAUGAAGCGAUGUCGGACCUAGUAUAUGUCAUGGAUCACCUUGUGGACAAGCACGGGAAACUGCUGAUACCUGGCAUUUACGACAAGGUGGCGCCCGUGACCGAGGAAGAGCGCGCUUCUUAUCGAAAAAUUGAUUUCGACGUGGCUGAGUAUCGGAAAAGCAUUGGAGUACAAAGACUACUUCACGAAGACAAGGCUGAGCUGUUGAUGCAUCGUUGGCGCUAUCCGACGCUUUCGCUUCAUGGCAUUGAAGGUGCAUUCAGCGGCAGCGGUGCCAAGACUAUCAUUCCGAAUAAAGUCAUUGGAAAAUUUUCGAUCAGGAUCGUUCCUAAUCAGACUCCGAACGAAGUAGACAUGCUGGUGAUCAGCUACGUUAAGAGGUUGUUCAAGGACCGCGGAACACCCAACGUAUGCCGCGUCUAUUCGUGUCACAACGGGCCGGCGUGGCUCAGCAACCCGGACCACCCUCAUUACUUGGCUGGUCGUCGUGCAGUUAAGCGAGUGUAUGGCGUAGAACCAGAUUUGACUCGUGAAGGCGGAAGCAUACCGAUCACCAUAACUUUCCAAGAAUGCACGGGGAAGAACGUGAUGUUGCUGGCGAUUGGCGCCGGUGAUGAUAUGGCUCACUCACAAAACGAGAAAAUCGAUUUGCGAAAUUACAUCAAUGGGGUAUGUUGUUUUGAAUGUAGCAACAUUAGUUUUAAAGAUAUUAAUGCAAUUGUUUUUAUCAAACUGUUACUGUUCUGGUGAAC